AAUGUGCACGGCAAUAAGCUAGCAAACCAAUGCUAGCAAACAUCACGCGCACACGUCAUAGUUGCGUCACGCUGGUCAAAAUCUCGCGAUGGUUGUUUGAACGAAUGGGCGGGCGGGAGUCGCGAGUAAGUUAAGCAGCGAUGGAUUCGGGGGAUGAGGACGUAUCUGCUCGGGUUUUGUUGCGGAGGGUGCUGCAUACGGAGUUACCCAGAUCGCCAGUUACCAGAAGUGUGACAAAUGUACGCCGUAGUGGGAGGUUUAAACACACACCUGGACUGGAGAGCCCUGGAGUCGCCCUGCGCCACAGACUCAAGCAGAAACUUCAUGAGAGCACCCAGUCACCUCUCCCUCCACCUAAACGACAGAGGUCAACAGGAGAGAAGACGAAUCCUCCGGCUGUCGCCACGCCGCCUCUGUAUGACGAUGACAUCACAACCCGUGGCCUGCUUAGGGGAAUCAUUCAGAUGGACACUGAUGCGUCUUUGCUGAUGUCGGGUCAGCCUGCGGUGCAGGAGGCGGAUCCACAUCAAGACUCCAGUGUUUCCAGCGCUGGAGAGAAAACUGAAGGUCUGUCUGGAGAGGAGCUGUCUGAUCUGACCCUACACACCGAGCCUCUGACGCAUGUUGUGAAGGGGCUGAGUCGCAGGAAAACGCAACGUGCCUUUAGCGUUUCUGCGUUUGAGAGACAGCUGGACGAGCUGCCAGACAAAUCUGUGGAGGAGGGCUCUGUCCCGCAGGAGAAACAGGAUGUAUCUCAGGAUUUGGAUUUCUCUGCUGGGUCUAAAAGUGGCCUGAACCUGACUUUAAAAACCCCGUUUGUGGAAAAGCAUACUGAGAGGGCGGGGCUCCAGCGGAAGGUGUCCAAUCGGAGGCUGCCUUCUGUGGAUGCGUUCGAUGAGGCAGUUCAGAAAUGCCUGGAGCAGGCCCCUCACCCAGAUCACUCUGAGGUUCAGGAUGGAAAAACUCUGGAAGAUUCUUCAUGGCAGAAGUUCACGCUUGGCCUAAAUGACGUCACAGAACUUUACGAACAACCUGCGGGGUCAAAUGUUCUGCAGAAAAAAGACGAGACCGUCGUACCAGAUGCUGAGAUGGAGAGGGAUGUUGAAAACGAGGAAGAGAGCGCUCUGGAGACAGUAGAAGAGGAAAGCCAAGAAAACAAACAGAAUUAUGUUGACGAAAUUCAAGAUGUUUUCGAUUCAGAAUCCGUAAUCCAAGAAAACCAUGACUGUGAUGUUGAAUUUGUAUCACGGGAAGAAGAGAUUGUGACUUCAUCCCGAGAAGCAGAAUACUGUGUGUCUGUGAGUCCUGAAGAUGACAUCAUGCUUGCUCCGACGCAGGCGAUGAUAGAGUCUGCUCCUGAACCUCAUGAUGUAGAGGAACACGAUCUAGAGACUGAGGAGGACAUUGGGGAAGAGAAUGUUCAAGAGGAUGCAGAUACGUCACAGGAUUUGGAGAGAAUAACACGCAGAGCUCACCGUUCAGAGGGUGGAGGUGCUGUCCUAGCAUUUCCACCAGGCCAGAGAGUCACAAAGAGUUUGGGGGCUGGAUUGAACCCCAGAGAGAAAGAUCUUCUGGAGUUUGGUAACAGGAGCAGAGAGGAUGUUCCUGAUGAAGAGGUGGAACAACAGGGCAGCCUUCUGUCCCCUCCGCUGUACCCCGCAGCAGAGGUCACCACUGAGCAAAGCUUACAGCAACCUGAGGCUACUCUGGAUGGAGAGGAUGUGCCGGUAGUUGAAGGGACAGAAUUGACCACAUCUGAGCAAAGAUCACAACAUGAGACUAGUCUGUCUGAAAAAGAGUUGCCGGAUACCGAAGAAGGCGAUCCCCAAGAGGUGGAAAACCAAUCAGAGGAUGAGGACAUGAUAGAUUGUGAGCCAGCCAAUCAAAGCCCUGAACUGCAUUCACCUGCUCAGAGUGAACAGGAAGAGGUGGAAGAGGAGGAGGAGGGGGACGAGGAAGAUGAUGAUGACGAUGCUCAUAGUGAAGAACUGUCCAUGAAAACUCCUGCUUUUGUGAAACAGAAGAGAAUGAUAGGAAAUGCUAGUGCUCAGGCCACACCCACAGUCCUUAAAGAACUGAGUUCUGGUCCCGCUCCUCAGGUUGUCAAACGACGCCCCAGACAGAAGCGUGAAAAGGGCUCUGAUGUUCUGCCCAAGAGUUAUGUCAUGAGCGUCUUUAAACAUUUCGCCAAAACGAAGGUGGCCAGUGACAUCUACCCUGCCAUCAAUGAAAUUCUGAAGAAAUACUAUGAACGACUAGCAGAUGAUCUGGAGGUUUAUGCAACUCACGCCAAACGUAAAACUAUUGAGAUGGAAGAUUUUGAGCUGCUCAUGAGAAGGCAGGGCUUUGUCACCGACAGCAUGCCUAUCAAUAUACUGAUAGAGAAAUAUCUUCCACUGGAGUAUCGCAAGCUUCUCAUUCCGGUGGCAACCAGCGGAAACAAAGUUGUCCCAAAUCGAAGGAGGUGAAAACACAAUGUCGCCCCAAGAAUUAAAGAAGAUGCAGCUUUGCAUACACGCAUGUGUUCAUGUAAAUAUAUUCUUACUUGGUUUAUUGCAAAUGUCCUUGUGUUCUAGAAAAAAGAUGUAUUGUGUAAUAUAUUGCUGCUGUUAAAAAAUAAAUUCUUUGUUCAUUGUCA